AUGCAGAUUCAGCAUGAGGCCAUGGACAGUGCCCAUGAUCUGCUCAGCAAGCGUGCCGAGAUGGCGAGCCGACUCCGGCACAACUUGACGGAUCCUGCGAUCCGACAAGCUGUGCGCCAGCGCUGCAGCUCCGUGCCUUUGGAGACCACGGACAGAAGUUCGCGAGAGAGCAGGAACCAUGCGCGGCCGAAAGCUACGGAAUCUGCCAUCGUCCAGAGUUCUGCUGCAGGGCUUUGGAAUCGCAAUACCAGCCGAGAUCGUGGUCCAGGCGCCUGGACCUCUCGGCCCACCAGCAGAGAGCGCACUGCCCGAGGCAGUGCCCCUAGUGAUUCUCAGCAAAGCACCACCGGCCGCAGACCGGGCAACGGGGCUGGGCAGACUUCGCUUCAGAAGUCCUCGUCGACAGGAGCUCUGUCUUCCAGCUCCUCCGCGGCCGGAGCUUCCAGGCAGCGGUCCAGUCGAGCACGACCGGUCGCCAAAGCGCAAGCCGUGGUGAAUGCAGAGCCGAUCCCGAUCCGCGGUCGGCGCGGUGCGGACGAUUCCCGCAAGGUAAAUGCCCAAGCAGCAUUGGCCAAAGCUGUCGCGUCGCUGCUUGGCAACGGAAGCUCCUCAUCUGCCGUGGCAGCGGCCGUGCAAGCAGCCGCCGAUGCCGGAGGGGCCAUGCAAGACGAGCUCCUGAAGGUCAGUAAAAGGUUGGACCAGCUGGAGCGCGAGAAGCAACAACUGGCUGAGAGUGGCCUCAAUGUCCUGGCGCGCUGCCGUUCGCAGAGCAGAACCAGACUGGCCUCGUCGCCAAAGGAUUCCACGCAGGCGCCUGAGGGCAAGGAGGGGCUGGGCCCCAGCCCCUCGGGCCCGGAGGCCGGAGGAGAUAUGGACAAGCACCCUUGGUUGUUGGCCGAUGGCCGCUUGGUCACCGCACAUCUGCAAGGCGAGAACUUGGCUUUGAAACGGGCCGUGAUGAAGGCGCGCCGAGAGAUCGACGAGCUUCUGAAGGGAAGAGCGGAGACAGAGGCGAGAGCCCGAGCGCUCAAGGAAGAAAACAGCGCCGCGGCAGAGGCUCUGCGGCGAUAUACAAAUGCUUGGAUGCCCCAGGACUGGCAGGCCUUGCGGCCCAAGCCGGAACCGGAAGCUCAAGGCCAUGCGGCCAAGCAGGAAGCACCGAGGAGCCCUGCGCUCUCCGGAGUCCCUGGAGGAGCCAAGCUCUCCGCACCGCCGGAGAUCGCAGGCGCUUCCGGAGACCAUGCAGCCGGUCUGCACCGCGCCUUCGGCCAGAGCCCAAGAGAGGCAAGAUAG